AUGAUACCAAACAAUCAUCAUACCCCAACAACAACAGUGAACAAAGAUAUCUCCUCCUCCGAGCAAGGACUUUAUAGUCUUGGACCUAAAACACGAUUAAAAGGUUUUCAUAAAUCACACUAUUCUCCACAAUUGUCAACCAGCAGCAAGCCUUCAAUUAUUCUUCCAUCAUCAUCAUCAUCAUCAGUGCUUAUUAAUUAUGAUCCACAUGAUCGGGGAGAAGGCUCAUCAUCAUCAGCACAUAAUAUUACGAAUACGAGUAGUAAUACUACUCAUUCAUUGAUUAAUAAUAAUAAUAAUUUAAUUUUGGGAGAUUGUGAUGGAGAGGAUCAACAGUGUUCAACAUUAUCAAAUCAAUCAACAAUGAUUUCCUCUUCGUUUGGAACUUCGUUUCUACUCUCUAAUGAUUUGUUGAAUAGAGUGGAUGGAUCAAACCGUUCCAUUUACGAAAUAUCGAAUCAAUCGAGAUAUAAUCCAAGGAAUGUGGAAGAUUUUGGGAAGAGUAAGAUCUUGUUUCAUAGAGCUUGUAAGGAGGGUUCUUUGAGGAAAGUUAUUAGAAUGUUGGAUGACGAUAAUGGUUUGAUAAAUUCCAGAUAUGAGAAUGUCACUCCACUCUAUGCAUGUAUUGAGGAGAAUAGUUAUGAGGUAUUCAAAGAAUUAUUAGAUAGAAAGGCAAUUAUUACAGAAGGAUUUCUCGAAAAAGUCAUUGAACGAAAUGGAGAAUCAUGCACAAAGAUUAGCUGUUUGUAUUUGGCUAUUCAUUUGGGAAAAUACACAAUAGUGGAGGAUUUAAUGAGGAAAGCCAACUUUAUGGAUAUCAAUAUUGGGAAAGUGGUCAAGAAUAGACAAUCUACUAAAUUUAAGGAAACUCCAUUGUUUUUGGCUGUUCGAUUAGGAGAUAUCAAAAUGAUCAAGACACUUUUGAGCGACACUCGAUUUUGGCCCCAUUUCAAUCUUGUACAUAGUAUGGUUUCAAAAAAUUAUGGAGACAGUAUUUCCAAUACUAUAUUUCAAGCACUGUUUAGUAUUGAGGGAAGGACAUUUUUGGAAAGGGAGAGAAGGUCAAGAGAUUGCUUUUUGGAAAUUAAGAAAAUGUACAACUCUAUUGACCCACCAAUUGCUUCGAUUCAAGAAAUUACCUCUGACAUUAAGCCAUUUUCUCUUUUGCAUUUCAGUAGAUGCUCCUAUAGUGGAACGUCACUAAAAACCAUCCACAGCCCUCUUUAUUUGGCCAUUAUGAAUGAAAAUGAUUACUUGACAAGAGAACUUGUGAGCUGCGUUCCAAACAAGCACUUUGGUGAAUUUGUUUCCAAGUCGAAUGAAACCGAAUCUUGCCUGUAUUUGGCAAUCUACAAACGAAGUAUACAUGUAAUUAUAUAUUUAUUAAGAAUUAAUGCAGAUACAUUGGAAGAUGUAGACAAGUUGCGAGAGUUUGCCAGUGGAGAAGGUAUUCAUCUUGACCAUUACAUCAAAGUAGCAAGAUACUUUACUAAUCGAAUGUAUAAUCUAGCUAAGGGGAUUGUAGAUCAUUACUCUGAUUUAGAAAUAAUUACUCAACAAUAA